CUCGGCAGAACGUAAACAAAGUCGCGGCGGCGAUGACUUAUUGAUUUUCUUUUGCACUUUGAUGAAGUGGUGCUACACAUGAACAAAGCAAGCAACAACCACUACUCUCUCCUUCUCCAAGAUGAAACUGAAACAGAUGGCAUUGGCAUAGAGGAGGAGGAGGAGGAGGAAGCAGAAGAUGGGUUGAAUGGAAUGGAGGAAGAGGAAGAUGAUGAUGAGGAUGAAGAAGAGGAGGAGGAAGAGGAGGAGGAUGAAAAUGAGCCAGAGGAAGACAGUGAUGAGGAGGAAAUAUUCAGCAGCAGCAAACAUCGCACACUUUCACACCACGAAGGAGCAAAUCUCAAUGGACAGAACCAUAUUGGGGGCCAUGGGAAUGAGUAUAGACUCCUGAACAACAACGACGCCGAUCUCAAGACUGUUUUGGACACCCCAAUCACCAUCUGGACGCCGACGCCCAUGUCCCCAGCACGGAGAGCUUGUUUCAUUGCCUCCAUCAUGUUUGGGGUGUUGGUUGUGGCCACAUUCCUCUGGGUCCUUCCGUGUGAUGUGCAGCCCUGCGAAGGAGACAUGGCACUAGGAGAUAGAGAGUGGGCUGUCAAAAUGGAAGGAAUGGGCAUAAAUCAGACGAAGCAAGUCCGCAGAUUAUCAGGAGGUCACAACAUCCUCUUGAGUUACUACAUGGCAAGUAACGUAUCUGGUUGGGACCUGGACAACUCUUCCCUCUCUGAUGAUGAGCCCUGGAUCCAUGUUGGUGAUGGGCAGUGUGGCUUGCGGAUGUUGGAUGGGAACUUGGGGCGUGAGAAUUGGCGUGUGCCGCUGCGGGAAUGCCCGGUUGACUUGCAGUGUGAUUUGUUGGACGUAAGUGGUGACAGAGUGCCAGACUGUAUAGUACGAGGUGGCAACACAAUGCUCUUUAUGAUUGAAGCUCGCUUUGGGACAGUAGUGUGGCAUUUGCAUGAACACAAGGAAGAGUCAUCAGUUUUCCCUGGACAAGAUGCUACUCAGUCAUCUCGAUCAGUUUUGAAAUUCUACAAGCCUGGUCCAGCACUCCUUCUACCAGAUGUGAAUAAUGACAGCUUUGGUGACUUACUAUUCUCUGGCUUACUGUCAUCCAAAGACCCUCACUCUUGGGACUCUAGCUAUGGAAAUUCAGAGCCUUGGAAUCAGGAGGAGAUGCUAGAAACACAGAGAUCACCUUCACAGACUAACCACUUGGUGUUGGUGUGCGGGCAGUCUGGGAGUAUCCUUGGCAAGCCCUUGGUACUGAUACAGUGUGUGAACAUACUAACAGUCACUUGGGAUGGUGAAGGCAUUGCAUAUUCUUGUGUUGACUUUGGAGGUGCCAGUAAGUAGAACAAUAUUAGUGUACCUGUCUCUUAUUUGUUUUAAAAAAAAUUGUUUGUCAUUGAUUCACUCCCAUCCCUCCCCUCCCCUUUAUUUGUCAAUUGUUACUAAUUGGGAAUUUUAACCUACUUGUACUUGCAUAAGUGUUCAAGUUUCAUUUCAUUUUGUUUUAAGAGUGAAAACUAUUGUUUACCACACAAAUGCUUUCUCUUCCUCAGGUUCAAUACUUUACAUGUUUGCAUGAAAACUAAAGUGAUCAGGAAGUAGGAAAAUGUGUAAAAAAACCCACCAAAAUGUUUAAGCAAAAACACGAAAAGCAUACCACAUGCGAACACACAUGUGCACACACCACACUUAUACACAUAUGAUCA